AUGGCGGGCCGCUUUGUACGAGCGUCGAAGUAUCGACACGUCUUUGGAAAGCCGACUCGCAAGGAGUUCUGCUACGACAACCUUCACAUUAGCCGAAAUGCGUGGGAUACCAACCUGGUGAAGGCCAACCCCGAAUACCUCUCGGUCAAUUGGGAAGCUGGCGGCGGCGGCGCCUUCGCCGUCAUCCCCCUCGGCGAGAAGGGAAAGCUCCCCGACCAGAUCCCGCUGUUUCGAGGCCAUACCGCCACCGUCUUGGAUACCGACUGGAACCCCUUCAACGACCGCAUCAUCGCCUCCGGUUCUGAGGACGGAAAGGUCUUUAUCUGGGAGGUUCCCGAGAACUUCACCCUCUACACGGAUGCCGAGGAGCCCGGCCAUGUUUCUCCCGUCAGCAAGCUCGCCGGCCACUCGAG